CGGGGCCGCGCUCAGGGGGGAGGGGAGGUAGGCAAGAUGGCGCCCGGCGAGUGAUUCACCCCAGAUACGUCCAGCGGCCGCUGAGGCACCGGGGCGGGGGGUCCUGACCCCACGGUCGCCCUUCCUCCUCUCCCCCACCCCCGGAGACCCCCCCCUACCCUUCCUCCCUCUACCUCGGGGUGGGGGUGGGGGGGCGAGCCUGGUUCCCGGGACACCAUGUCGGACUCUGAGGAGGAGAGCCAGGACCGGCAACUGAAAAUCGUCGUGCUGGGGGACGGCACCUCCGGGAAGACCUCCUUAGCUACGUGUUUUGCUCAAGAAACUUUUGGGAAACAGUACAAACAAACUAUAGGACUGGAUUUCUUUUUGAGAAGGAUAACACUGCCAGGAAACUUGAAUGUUACUCUUCAAGUUUGGGAUAUAGGAGGACAGACAAUAGGAGGCAAGAUGUUGGAUAAAUAUAUCUAUGGAGCACAGGGAAUCCUGUUGGUAUAUGAUAUUACAAAUUAUCAAAGCUUUGAGAAUUUAGAAGAUUGGUAUUCUGUGGUGAAGAAAGUGAGCGAGGAGUCAGAGACUCAGCCGCUGGUUGCCUUGGUGGGCAAUAAAAUUGAUUUGGAGCAUAUGCGAACAGUAAAACCUGAUAAACAUUUACGGUUUUGCCAGGAAAAUGGUUUUAGUAGCCACUUUGUCUCAGCAAAGACAGGAGACUCUGUCUUCCUGUGUUUUCAGAAAGUUGCUGCUGAAAUCCUUGGAAUCAAGUUAAACAAAGCAGAAAUAGAACAGUCACAGCAUAUUGUCAGGGCAGAAAUAGUGAAGUACCCGGAAGAAGACAAUCAACGUACCAACUCUGCUCAGAGUAGAAUCUGUUCAGUACAGUAGUGCAGAGAGUGGUGAAGGCAGAUAUUGUAAACUACAACCAGGAGCCCAUGUCAAGAACUGUUAACCCUCCUAGGAGCUCUAUGUGUGCAGUUCAGUGAGCACAGCUUGCUUUUGUCCCCGUAGUCCUGGCUGCCCCUCGCCUCUGUGUGGGCCCGGCGCCUCUGGAAGCUUGUGUUCUCCGUGGCCAUCUCUGUUGUUCAGUUAACGCUUUCCUCUCAGCUCCCUCAGUCAGCCGCAGGCCGCUCCCUGGCCCGGACGGAAUUCCACUUCUGGACGGCACACUUGGAAUCCGAAAUGGCCCUUCUCUGGACUUAGACGGCCUCACUGGAGAAGAAUAACGUUGGUCCUCUUUACGUUCUCCCUUCUCUCUCACCUGAUGUAAACUUUUUUAGACAAAUCUGAAAACUCCACGAGUCUUGGUCAGCAGCCAGGAUUUGGCCACGGCACGGUUUCAUUCUCUUCUCUGAACUCCUACCUGGCAAAGUACGCGUCAGACUGCAAACAUUUAAACAAGUAACGUAUUUUGUCUACAGAUACUUCAGAAGGCAUUCUUUUGCUAUCUCUUGUGAGUGAAAAUAUCUAAAGUUGUAUCCACCUGAAAAUGCUUGAAAUAAAGCUCUAAUAGAUCUAUUUUUUUUUCAUUUUUUUAAAAAAGGCCUAAAUGGUUUCUAUAGUAGCUAUAGUUCACAGAGUAGUGAGUAUUUGAUAUUGUAUUUUUAUUACUGUAUCAUGCUCAUGCUAUAUUAUGUACUACUCAGGUUAGAUGGCUUUGUGAAUUUGGAGAACUGUCCAGCUGGUGCUGCACGCGGACGUGGUCCGGCGACCGUGCAAGAGCCCUCCCAGGACGUGUCACGACUGCUGUUGGAUCAUUGUGGGUCGGACUGUCCCUGAUGUUCAGACGUUCUGCAAAUAAACUCAUUCCAGUUA